CCCGAUACACACGCAGCCUCCAACCUCAAAGCCCCCGAAAAAAAAAACAAUAAAAACCCCUUUAGUCCAGUUCUUCGAGCAGCCGCUGUGAGUUGCCUGAGGUUCCUCAAACCUCAAAAUCUCGAUCUUUUAAUUUUCUACCACUCAAGAACACUGCCCCAGUGCCCGCUCGCCCCCCAAGUGGCGACUCCACCGAAACCCUCGAGGAAUCCCAGUGACAAAUGUGAAAACCUUCAACAAUCACGCCAUGUUCCUGAUGGAUUUUACGUAUUAUCCCUCGGUGGAUCGACACAUCAUCCCACCGGACCAUCUUCCAUCCCUCCAGUGACCCUCUGGUGCCCCCUCCGCCCUCCGCUUAUAAAAAAAAUUCCGAAAAAAACUUAACCCUCUGCCCAAAGUGUCAAAACACUCGUGAAAUCCCCGAAAAAAAAAUCCCUCCUCCUCGAGGAUCCCUCCACCUCCUGUGCCCCCUGUCCCCUUCCUCAAAACCCUCUGUACCUCAAAAAAAAUCCCAAUCACCAAAACUCAGUGUUCGACCCUCCAAACCUCUCAUUUCAUCCAAGUGUGUGUUAGUUUGCGGACGGCCAUUUUUACCACACGAUGCGGCAACCGUGCGUGCCUGUUCGAUCCGCCAUUCCAAACAAUCGGUGUACGUGCCCUCUACUCACUAAAAAAUUUUACAUCAACAAUUGUCCUGUAAAAACCAUCGAUCCCUCAUCAGUGCCGUAGAACCCUCCCCCGGGAGGCCACGAAAAACUCCCCCGAAAUACUUGGAACAAAGUGAAAAAAAAAAAAUUGACAGUUCGACGAAUUCUGGACCGCGGGGUCACGGACCAGUGUCUCGAUACAUAAAAAAAAGAGUCGAUGCUGGUGGACUGUAAAUCUGUGACAAAGUGAUACCCCAUUCCACACUAAAAAUACUAAAAUUUGGUAAUAAAUUGUUGAAGCCCUUGUGCCUGAAUAAUGAAACAAAAUGGAGCAUAAAGAACGGUGAACUAUCGUCAAGGUGCGUACGUGCGUACAAUACGUAUGCACGUACGUACAGAGCCCUGAAUCGCGCGUACUUGGGUCUCAUAUUGAGAAUAAGACGCGUGAAUAUAUUCCAGGGAUAGUCCAAGUGUUUUUUCAUAAGUGGAGAUAUCAUUAUUUUGGGUAAAUUGUGGUGUAUGUUCACGGGUUUUCGUCAAGUGAUUUCAUCUCCAGUUGGUGGUGUAACGCGUUGUCUGUCUGUCCACAGGGCGAUCGAUGCUGGAAACUGGAGGAAAUUGUGAUUUUCACUGUGAAAAGUGAAGAUAAAAAAUAGAUAACUCCACAGUUGUGGGGUUGAAGUGUUUUUUUUUUAAACUGAAAUACUCCACAUGAUUGUUUGAUUAUGGACGGGUUUGACGUGCACCUGUCAUCUUAGACGAGUCUAAAUCACAAUGGAAAUCGAGGUUAAGCAACGAAACAGUCAGAGAAACAGGCGACGCGAGAGGGCUCAGAGGAUUUUGGCACAGAGAGAGAGUUUGGCAAGUGCUAAGAAUCAUAAUCUCUCCCAUCAGGUGAGACAGAGGCCUGGGGAUGAUGAGGAUAGCCACAGUGGGGAGGAUGAGGAGACGUUGGGAUUGUCAAGGUCCAGCGGGCCCAGGGAUGGUCAUCAGAGGCCUGUCAGGCCACCGAGACCUCCCAGGCCCAGGAAAAAGUCGAGUAUUGCUGGGGGUGGUGCGAAAGAACCCCCUUUCGAGGAGGACAUCAUCGAUGGAUUUGCUAUUCUUGCGUUUAGGAGUUAUGAAGACCUCGAGAGUGCAAUAAAGUUAGCUGGUAAAAACAAUUUGAAGAAGCUACACACGCUUCUGACAAUAGAGGAAAAACCAAAAGUGGAUACCGGCCAGAACAAUCGUCACAACGAUCAUCACAUUAAGAAUCACUUCAAGCCCAACCAUUAUACCCAUAAUUCCAUACUGACACCCUCUACGCUCAAUCAGGGCCUCGAUGCAGGAACGAGUGACGACAGCGGGAGAGCGUCGGAACAACUGCAUGGCCCUGGCAUCCCUCGGGAUAGCCAGGACGCUGAUAGUUCCAGGGACCACCUUAGUGAUGCCAGCAGCCACUGCAGCUCGGGCAAAGGCUAUAUCUGUGAUAGUGAAGGGGAAGACGAUAAGGGUUCAGAUGCAGAAUCAAUUCUCUUUGAAUCUUCUACCCCACCUCUUCCACGUAAAUACGAGUUGCCAUCGUCAUCGCCACACGUAUUGCCACCAGCAAAUGGUGCUGGUGGAACGCCUCCAGAUACUGGGGGACAAAUUUCAAAUCCAGCAACGGAUGCACCAGCACCAAUACCCCCACCUGUGCCUGCCUCAGCACCUGUACCAACGGCGCCGAGUCCACCAAGUCCCACAUUGCCACCACACAUAUCCCAACCACCCAUGACUAGUCCGCUAGCAGCGAAUCCUCGUGCAAUAGCUCCCCAGCAGCGUCCAGCAUCACCAGCUCAUCCACCGCCAUCACUGCCUCAGCAGCCACACACAACAAUACCAGCUCUCCAUCCACCAAAUGUACCGCUGGUAUCGUCGAGUCACAAUACAACUAGUCCAGCAGUUGCUAGUCUAGGUGUAACCCCAGCAGCUCCAUCAAAUGGAGCAGCUACCACCAGCUAUCCACCUUCAUUGCCAAUGGCUGCGUAUCCGCAGAGUCAGCCCUCUUAUCCACCUCUUUACACUCCUUACGCCUCGUUGAAUCACAGCCCGUAUUUGUCACCUGCUGUACCAUCACCAUCCCAUUCAGCCUCUUCAAGAGCUGAUGUCAGAAGCAGUAGAGCAUCGCCCCAUACGAACAGCAUAGCAAAACCCCCAUUAGGAAACAACGUAACAACUCACAACAGUUCAACUCCCCUCUCAGCAGCAACAACAACGUGUGUAUCAACGAUAACAAAUACAGUUACCACAGCUAAUACAAUAGCACAUCGGGACAUUGUCACGUGUAGUCUUGCUGGACGUAUCAACAAUAAUAAUUCACCAAGGGGUCACAGUCCUAAUCGUGAACGUGACAGUUACAGCAGUAACGUAAGUACGUUGAGCAGAGGGAGUAUAACGCCAGUCAGUGUGCCAAACACGUCAUCCCCAGCCAAUUCUAGUCUACCCGCUUAUUCAAAGGCUCAAGGAUGGAUCAGUAGUAGCACGAGUUCUCAAUUAUCACCUGCGACUGGUACAUCAGUGCCAAGGCCAACACCCCCACCUCCCUCAGCAGCCCUCGGAAUGCACAAUUUUCCACCACCAAUGUUUGCAGCUCCUUUACCACCCCCAGUAUCAAGUUCCAGUCCUCACACUUCGUUGCCUUCAUUACCACCACCCACCACCAAUCCCAAUCCUUUCUCGGCUGAGUCACUCUUCCAGACAAGGGUGACCCAUGUCACAGGUCAAACGGAUCUGUUGAGACGGGAGUUGGAUAAUCGGUUCCUAGCCUCUUCCCAAGAUAGAAACGUUGCAGUGAGUAAUUUAGGGCCUCCACCGUAUUUAAGAACAGAGAUGCAUCAUCAUCAGCAUCAGCACACCCAUGUACAUCAGCACACGACUCCUCUGCUGCCUCCACCAGCUGCUACGACAUUGUUUCCACCCCCAAUCUUUAAGGAUAUUCCAAAGCUGGGAAGCGUUGAUUCGCCAUUUUUUCGUGGCAAUCUCAAUCUUUCGAGUUAUCCCGGAUUCAAUGCUGGACUUCUACAUCCAGGAAUGGGUCCGUCUACACCGUUUGUGCCACCUAAUCAUUUGACAUCAUAUGCACCAAAAAAGACUGGUAAGUGGAACGCAAUGCACGUGAGAAUAGCCUGGGAAAUUUACCAUCACCAGCAGAAGCAACAGGCGGAGGCGAAAGCCGGGGGAGUAGUGGCAACCAAGACAGAACUUCUGAGGCCACCAGGACAUUUAUAUCCAGGGGGGCCUCCAGGUGGUUUAGGACUGGGUGGGCCCUCUCUGGCGCCACCCUUUCCUUCCAAUAUGCCUCCUAGUCAUCCUGGGGCACCACCACCCCCUCAUCCUGUUGGGUUUCUGUCCACAUCUGCGUCACAUUUAGGAAGUGGAAUGUCACCAUUCGGGAGAUAUCCAGCAUCAUAUGGUGGAGGAAAUCCAAAUUUCCCGACGCUGUCAGCAUUUCCACCUACCAGAGAUAUAUCGCAGUUGAGCGGACUCACGUCAGCUGUUCAUGAUCCUUGGAGAGGUCUCCAGCGUGCGAAUCCAGGCUUUCCUCCAACAACAGUCUCUUGGACUCUGAAACCCGAGCCCCCUUCCAUCGAUCGUCGUGCGGAGCUCGAAGAGCGUGAACGUGAGCGUGAACGUCAGCGUCGUGAACGUGAGGAGCUCGAGCGUCAACGUCGCGAACGAGAGCGUGAGCGUGAGGAGCACGAACGUCAGCGUCGAGAGCGCGAGGAGCUCGAGCGUCAGCGUAGGGAGCGUGAACGCGAGGAGCAGCGGGAACGAGAACGUCGUGAACGUGAAAAAGAGGAGAAGAGGAAGCAGCAGGAGGCAGCAGAGCGUGAGCGUGAGCGUGAACGACGUGACAAGGAGAGGAGGGAGUUGGAGAGACGGGAGAUGGAACGAGAGAGACUGAUGCAUCAGAAUCGUCAGCAUGCGAUGAUGGGGCGUGACAGAUCGCCUUUGAGAAAUGGAACAUUGGAUCCCAGUGAGGUGCGAGUGAAGGAGGAACCCAGGAGCAAAGACGACGAUGUUGUUAUGCUGUCAAGGGGUCCAAGUGUACCAGGCCCUGGAUUGUCACAGGGCCCCAGUCCCAUUCCAGACCCGAGAUAUCAUCAUCCUCAUCAUGCAUACUUGGCUAGGCAUCCUCACAGCAUUCCACAUGGAAUGUCGCGGACAAUGAUGCCACUGGGUCAUCCUAUGCAGCACUUUCAGCCCCCACCACCACCCCCAUCGGCAUCAGGACCUGGACAACCACCUGGCCCAUGGACACCUGAUCCAUUCAGGGAUCCGUACAGGUACGAUGCACUACAGCAGCUGAGGUACAAUCCUCUGAUGGCUGCUGCUGCCUUCAGGGCUGAAGAGGAGGAGAGGGCGAAACUCUAUGCUGGGUACAAUCAGAAUGUGGCUGCACUCAGAGGAAAGGAUCCCAGUCCUGGACCUCUCAGCAAUCUUCAUAUGCAUCAUCGGGCUGGCCCUGGGCCUGGGAAUGCAUCUAGACAGGUUGAUGGAAUCAUUCAUGCUGAGAUGCAUAAGAAGGAGGACUCCUCGCAGUCUCGAUGAUAAGGGGGCUUUUGGGGAGGUUUUGAUAGAUGAGGAAUUUAAAAAGUUGAUUUCUUUGGUUUUUGCUGGUAAGGGCUGAGGGGUAAAUUUUUUUAUAUCAAAUUCAGAUCAAUGGCUUUGAAUUAAUCCUUCGAAUGUUGUUUUUGGGGAUUCCUCAUCUCCAAUGAAUUUCAAAGUACGUGGCGGUGAAAAUUUUUAAUUGUGGGCAUACGUGGGCUCCCUUUGACAGAGAAAUUUCUAGCUUUUUAUAUUCCACAGAGAAUCAAAACUAGUUUAAAACAAAUUUGUAAAUAAUGGAAAGAAUGAACGGUGAGUGCAGGUAUCUUUCCGUCUAAAAAUAACCUGCAGUGAGAUUUUUUUUUUGUGAAGUUUCACGAGGAUGCAUUCAAAAUGGAUCCUAGGGGAUCUGACUGUCUAUAGAACUAUAUUAUAUAUACGACUUAUUAUUACGGUUAUUAAGUAACAAGUAACGUUAAUAUCGUGUGUAAUAUUACGAAUUACUGUAGGGACAAGUGAGAGGGAAUACGUAAAGCGAAUUGUUUUUUUUUUUAAAUCUCUUGUUUGAGAGGAUGAAUGGCUAGACUCGUCUGACAGAUCUCUAGCUUUGAAUAAGGACCGAGGGACAUGUUUUUGAGGAGAACCACAAAUUAUUUAAUUAUUUAUUUAUUGUCGAGUCGUACAGAUGAAUGAAUCUCUGUUAGUGGCGUCGAGGAUUCGGAUUUUAAUUUAAUUCUUGUAAUAUAAAGAGCAAGUAUAUAAAUUCUAAUUUUGUUUUUAACCGUUUCAAGUUCCUUUUUUUUUUCUUUGACCGAGUGAAUGGGGGACGUUAUUCAACCAUUUCUUUUGGGAUUUCAUGUUUUAAUUUUUAAUUUAUCUGGGGACACUAGAAUUUUUCCUGUGAUAAAAAACUUUCCAGAUCAGUUCGAGGGAUUUUAUUGGGGAGAUUUUACUAUUUCAAUUGAGAUUUUAGAAUUUUUUUAAAUACAAAAAUACUCUAUUUCUUGUACGAGAAACUAGUUUUGAGGGUUGCUAAAACCUUUGAAUCUCCUCAGUCGCCCUCACUAUUAUUAAUUUAUUAAUUAAAAAAAAACAAUCGUGUCCCCAGCGUUUAAUAAUCAUUAAUCUCUUCCGUUAAAACGAAAAAAAAAUUGGUUUCAGGAACUGAAUCAAAACCAAUUGAGUAAUUUCAAUUACAUUUAGUUAGAAUGUCAUUGGCAAGUGCCAAAAGAUGAGGGAAUUAGUAGACAACACUGAAGAGCAAAGCAUUACCAAUUUUUUUAGUAAAAAAAAAUCAGCUGGAAAGAACUGACUAAAUGAGCGAAGAUGCGAAUGCCGUACGUUGUGGAGUGAAUUGAACUAAAGUGAAAAAACCUUUUGACUAGGGAUUUUUGCAAUUAUUUAAAAAAUGAAAAUAAAUUGCUAGCCCCACCCUCCUCCUCCUCCUCAUGACCAUUUAAUUGAUUUAUUCACAUUGUAAAAGUGACUGUGAAAUUGUAUAUUGAAUAAUUAUAUAAAAAUCUAGCGAAUAUAUAAAGGCUAAACAACAGAUUGUAGAUAUUUUUCAUCAAUGAAGAUUUAAAAAAAACAAGUAAUUUCAGCGAUAAAUUAAAUGAAGCUGGCCCAAGAGGAACUAAGAAGAGGAAAAUAUGGAAAUUAAAAGUGGUGAUGCAAUGGACAUUUUUUUCUGUUUUUGUAGAUAAAGGAAAAACGAGUAUAAUGGAAAGUUUUGUGUGAAUAGAAUUCUUUUCUAAAAGAAAAUGAACAAAAAUGCGAAAAUUGAUUCUUUGUAAAAGGAUCCAAUAAUCAAUAGUUUCUAUCAAAGUACCAACUUGUCGAAAAAUGAAAGUGUCUGUUCAUUUUUAAUCCCCACAGUAUUUCAUAGUCCGAAUGAUUUAUUUCCUUAACAUUGACAGUGCAAAAAAAAUACCUAUCGGUAAUUUUUUAUUUUUAUUCGUUUCACAAUUUUCUUAAUUACAAUUACGAUAUUAUUGGUUCAUCAUUCUCACUUCCUUGGCUUUACUCCGAUAAAUGAUUUGGAAAUUUUCAUGUUGUCUAUCAUUGAAGGCAUAGUGAAUUAAAUAAUCCAUCAUAACAGAUAUUUACGAUUGAAUUAAAAACGAUUGAGAUUUUCCUUUUGUUGUCGUUUUCAAUAAUUGUGCAAUUAUUUCGCUAACGCUAAAUUUUAGAUAAUUCCGUGAUCGUUUUUUAUGGCCUUCUUGCAUCUCAAAUUAUUAACUUCUCGAAAGAUAAUUGAUCCCUUAUUUUUCCAUUCAAAAACAGAUACAAAUUUCCAUCAGGGAUCAGUGAGAGGGUUAUUUUCAACCCUCACAUGUUUAAACGUCACUAAUACAGUAUUGAAAUAAAUUAGGAAGUGUGAUCCUCUUGAAUUCAGUUUUUUAAAAACAUAUUUGGAUCUAACGCAGAUAGAAACUUGAUCACGGAUUUUUUUUGUACUGCUGUCAUUCUUGAAAAAAAAAAUCCUUCUGCCUCCCUCGCACCCCAAAUCACUUCUCAAGAACUGAAACUCAAUGAAAAAAUUUCAUCCCUCAAUCACUAAUUGAUUUUAAUCCACUUUUUUUUCUCCCAUGAGUCACGCCAAAUGAUAUUAUUUACCCAAAAUUCAUCGAUUUUAUCGCGAGCUGCUGGAGCUGGACCUGGUGUAUCUUCGAUGCCUGUGACGUGAACUAUUAACAGGACUUCUUGAUCUGGAUCUCUGCCUGCGUCUGGGUGGUCUGGGGCUUCUGCGACGAUUCAUCGGAGGCGAACGUCGACGAUAACGCGGUGGUGAGUUUCUCCUGUUCCCUCCCCAUCUCAUGGG